AUGUGCUUCCUACUGGUAAAUUGGUUCUUCCCAUUGUUGUGGACAACGGUUUUCAUCAAAUUCGGAAACUGUACUCUUCUGGACACAAAACAGUCGCCCACGCCAAAUACAUUUCGCUUUCAACAUAUCCAAGAGUGCCUUAGGAACGAGUUCUAUAACUUGAACUAUUUCGAAUGUUCACCCUGCAAUGAGGCUGGAAAUGGAGACACGAACGAGCUGCAGCCCGCUGCGGAUAAGUUCGCCUGUGAGUGUCCAGUUGGUCACAUAUCGUUAUUCGAGAAAUCCAAACGUUGGCCAACCUGUGAUGAGAUCUGCAGCAAUUCCACAAAGACAUCUGAGAGCUGUACUCCAGCUUGGUCCACCCAGUUGCUGCCCCUGCAAUGCAGCUUCCAAUAUCUCAAUAGCACGGCAGCCUAUCCAGCAAGCGGUUCCAUAGUGUUAACCAGAACGAAUCCUGCGAGCAACAGCAGCGACUGUCAUAGCUGCAAUGCAGCGUACAAUUAUCGCUACCAGGACUAUUGCAUAGCCAAUGCGCUGUUGCAUCCUUAUCUGCACUAUAAUGCCUUCUGGCAGGCGACCAUCAAAUUUAAGCCCAGCUCUAGCAGGCUGCACUUUGGGGAUCUCAAGUUUGUGGCAUUCUUUUGCUUGGCUCUAAAGAACGACAGUGCCUGCCAGCAGUUGGCUAAUCUCUGUGUGCUCUCGCACUACUCCAUGGACAAACACUCGCCGUGCAGCCCGUUUUUGCUCACCCAGAUGUCGGAUGUGGUCAUGAAAUAUGCACACGCCGGCGAGCAGCUGCGCGCCCUGGAGCCCUUCCUGUUUUAUAAGAAGGGCAGGACAACGCGAGAGUUUCUCACAACUACACUCCAGCUGGCGAGUCCGAUGGAAUUGCAGAUCCUUAGCACUACCUACGAUCUGGCGGGACGUCUAAAGCGCUGGGGUGGCUUUAAGCUGGAGCAAUUGAAUCUCUGCCAAGGCCAAAGGGCGCCAACAUUGCAGUUUGCUCAGCAUCAGCCAGAGAUUAGUUGUCAGCUAAGCCUGGAGCAGCUCAUAGAUGUGGCCAGCCGGGAGGGCAAUGACAACUAUCACAAUCUUUAUCUCAACUUUAGCAGCAACUGGGUACACUUGCUGCACCAGCUGCCUGUGCUUAUCGAAACGUUAACACCGGAGAACCAGCGUCCGCAAGAGGAGGAAUGGCAGCUAGUCAAGCGCUUUCAGCUGAUCUCGGGACAGCCCCGUGACAAUCGGCUGCAUCCGACCCUGCCGCGCUACGAGGACGCCCACAAGCUGCAGCUGUACCGAUCUCUGCGCUAUGUGGACCAAGUGGAACUGCAGUACAGCAUUCAGGACGGGCAUCGCAUUGGUCUGCCACUGCUGCGGCUACGCUAUCGUCACUUUGAGCUUGCGGCGAAUGCGUCCCUGACUCAACUCUACCCUUUCUGGCUGCGCGUGCAUUUUGAGCAUGUGCGUCAGGGCGUGGCAGCUAAGCUGCUGAUGGAAUUGGCUUUGCCGCUGUUACUGCUGUUCGCCUUGGUGGCGGCACUGCUGCGUCUGCAGAAUCUGCGUAGACGACGGCGGACGGAGCUGUGCCAGACCAUAAAUCUGCUCGAGCUGAUGCUACAGUUGGCCGCCAAUGUGGCACUGGCGCUGCUGGCCACAGCGCUGCUCCUAUUGACGCUACAGGCUAGCGUUCCUGACCAGCUGGCGCUGCUCAUCUAUCCCGCCUGCGUGCUGCAGCUAAUCUUCCUGGCAGUGCAUCUGCGACGCGCCAGUCAGCUGGAGCUAUUUCUCAUCGAUUGGGAGCGACCACGCAGCAGCUGUGAGGGCCAGCGUCUGAAUCUGGAUAGCACUUCGCUCUGCUCCAGCGUGCGCACCUACGUCGCCGAGAGCAGCGUCUCCGCCUGGCGCGUGCUCUUCACGGCCAACGCCUGGAUACGACUCAGCGCCACCCAGAGAUAUUCCAGCCUGGUCCAGGCUUUCGUUGUCAUCGUUGCUCAUCAGUUGCUGCAGCGUUUUACCCAGACCCAGAGCGACUUCGGACUCAGCUGCUGCCUGAUCGCUGCAGUUUAUUUGUCCACUUAUCUGCUGCAGCUGGUCUUGCGUAGAUUGCUCUACUCCAAUCCUCUGCAGAAAUUCGUUGAUCUGUGCAGUCUGGCCAAUAUCUCGCUAUUUUCGCUGCUGGAGCCAGGCUAUGGAUACUAUAUACAUGGACGUUCCCCACAUGGCUUUGCCGAUACGGACAUGUCUUCCAUGAUCCUGCAGCUGCAGCGUGAGACACAGAACAUGUGCGGACGUCGUGGACUACUGAUUGAUUCCGACAAACAGGCUUACAUUAUAUUACCACCGCGUAAUCUACGCACCUAUUUGGAUCGCCUGCUGCUGCCCUUUCAGCGCAGUCGAAACGGCAGCAUGUCGCAGACGCUGCUCUAUCAGAAGGAUCUGCAAAUCUCCAGCAUCGAUGGCCAGGUAGAGCGCACCUCUAUUGCUUACGCCAGCAUUAAUCGAUUUUUCUGCGCUUUCAUAGAUCAUGCCAUCAAGGACAUGGAUUAUAUUAUUAAGGAGAGAACUUUGGUGGAAAAGCUAUUUAACUGUGAAAUCGAGAAUUAUCUCACGGAAAAUAAAGGUACCUUCUAUAUAGAUGAUAGCCUAAGCUUUAGCCGCGUGCUGCUGUUGGGUAAUCAUGUGCACAUCUUUGUCCUGGAGCUGCUUGUCUUGCUCUCGAUCUAUUUGCUGACUUCCAGUCUGCUGUUUGCAGCUGCCAUCGCGUGCGCCUUGAAUAUGCUUGUGCGCCACACCUUUAAGCACUGGGUGCGUCGCAAUGUCUCCCGAAAGACGCUGAUUGAUGAGCGAUUUCUGCUGUAGCCAAGCUCGCAUCUCGACGAGCAAUAUAUGCGUGACGAUGGCUUCUUUGGAAUAUGA